UUGGCAUGGGGGAUAGAUGACAAUUUCACCUUAGCCGAAGAGCUACAUUUUUGUUAUUUUUGAAAGUUUAUCCAGGGCGUGUUCACUCGAAAAUAAAGGGAUAUCGAUAUAUCACCAGAACCUGACCCUGGUCGAUCCCGUGGAGGGCGUUGAAAGAGAUGAGCAACAACUUAAACAAGAGGGCCCCAACCACAGCAACACAGCGGCUAAAACAGGAUUACCUGCGCAUCAAGAAAGAUCCAGUCCCGUAUAUCUGUGCUGAACCUCUGCCCUCCAACAUUUUGGAAUGGCAUUAUCUAGUUCGUGGCCCUGAGAAAACUCCAUAUGAAGGUGGUUACUAUCAUGGCAAACUCAUUUUUCCACGGGAAUUUCCCUUCAAGCCGCCGAGCAUAUACAUGAUCACACCCAACGGCAGAUUUAAAUGCAACACGAGGUUGUGUCUUUCCAUCACAGAUUUUCACCCUGACACGUGGAACCCUGCGUGGUCUGUGUCCACCAUUUUAACCGGCCUCCUGAGCUUCAUGGUGGAAAAAGGCCCGACUCUUGGCAGUAUCGAAACUUCUGACUUCACAAAACGACAGCUGGCCUCCCAGAGUCUUGCAUUCAACAUCAAGGACAAAGUUUUUUGCGAACUCUUUCCAGAUGUUGUUGAAGAAAUCAAGCAGAAGCAGCGUAUGCAGGAGGAGCUCAGGUCACGCUCGCAGGCGCUGCCGCUUCCCGACGUGGUUCCGGACGGUGAAGCCCAUCAUGCACAAAACGGCCACCUGCCCCUGAACGGGCACCUGCCGCCUGGCGCAAACCAUCCCGCUGACCUCCAGCAGGUCAACCGAAACCAUGGACUCCUGGGUGGAGCGCUUGCUAAUUUGUUCGUCAUCGUAGGCUUCGCUGCAUUCGCCUACACGGUCAAGUACGUUCUGCGGAGCAUCGCUCAGGAAUGAUCCGGCCAAUGAGAGAGACCGACCGACGGGCGGGACAACAGGCUGGUGCUGUUCUCACGACCAAAAUAGGUAGCGAGAAAUCAAAAAAGGGGUUUUCUCACAACCAAAUAAAAAUGAAGCAGUGUCCCAUUAA